GUCUCGCGAGAGCCGAGCGCGCGAUGUGCGCCGCCGGUUCCGCAGGCCGAGCCGGGCCCCGCGCGGCGAUGGCGGCGCCGGGCGCUGAGGAGCUGCGGGCGGGCGGCCCGGGACCCGCGGGCGGCCCGGGGCUGGGCCCCGGCCCCGUCCCGCCGCACCCCGGCGUCCCGCCGCACCCCGGCGUCUCGCGGCGGCGCGGGCGGACGCUGCUGGUGCGGCACCUGCCCGCCGAGCUGACGGCGGCGGAGAAGGAGGAUCUGCUGCAGCACUUCGGGGCCGUGUCUGUGCGCGUCCUGUCCGACCACGGGCGGCUGAAACAUACUGCUUUUGCCACCUUUCCCAGUGAAAAUGCAGCUGCAAAGGCUUUAUCCAGACUGCAUCAGCUGAAACUUUUGGGUCACACGUUAGUUGUUGAAUUUGCAAAGGAGCAAGAGAGUGCACAGGUACUUAGCCAGCCUUCUGUCUCAGACAAGUGCAAAAGUUUAGAAGAACCAGUGAAAGAAGAAGAGAAGAUAGAACCAAACUGUGUUAAAAUAGAGACUGGAAUUGCACCCAGCCAUGGCCUCACCUUUCCCAUCAAUUCUUGCCUCAAAUAUUUGUAUCCACCACCUUCAAGUGCAAUUCUAGCAAAUAUAGCAAAUGCCUUGGCAAGUGUGCCCAAAUUUUAUGUCCAGGUACUCCAUCUGAUGAAUAAAAUGAAUCUUCCUCCACCUUUUGGACCAGUUACUGCUCGUCCUCCCAUGUAUGAGGAGUACUUACCAGUUCCUGUGCCACCUCCACCAAUCCCACCUCUGCCUCCUGAAGAGCCUCCUUUGCCUGAAGAGGAAGAAGGACUGUCUAGUGGGGAUGAAUCAGAAUAUGAAAGUGAUAAUGAUGAGGAAAAGGAGAGGAUGACCAAGUUGAUGGAAUUAGCAACCCUUCAGCCUAAAAGACCAAUAAACACAAAGAAGCGUGGUGUUAGAAAAAAACAAAGAAUUAAAGACAUGUUGAAUGUUCCUGUGUGUACUUCCCACAGUAACUCGCACCCUACACUGACACCUUCAGAUGUCUUUGAGCAGCCGCAGCACGUAGGUCAUAAAAAAAUAGAGUUUCAUAUUAGUACUGAGAUCCCAGCUGUUCUUCAGAUAAACCCAGAAAAAGGAGAAAAAAAUGACCUUUAUGCAACCACGGAAGAAAUCAAUAAUACAGGCUUUGGAAGGAUUUUCCCAGCUCCUAGCUCAAAUGAUAAAAUGGAAACUGAAGAGGAGGAUGAUGAAAUACCAUCAGAAUUUAUUUCUAGAAAGGAUCUAGAAAAAAACAGACUUUGUAGAGAAGAAAUGGAAAAAUAUUCUGUUUUCAAAAACUAUGAGCCAGGUGAUCCAAAUUGCAGGAUAUAUGUGAAGAAUUUAGCUAAACAAGUUCAAGAAAAGGAUCUUAAGUUCAUUUUUGGAAGAUAUGUUGACUUCCAGUCAGAGGUGGAACGCAAUAUGUUUGAUAUCCGUUUGAUGAAAGAAGGCCGGAUGAAGGGACAGGCUUUCAUUGGACUUCCCAAUGAGAAAGCAGCUGCUAAAGCACUAAAAGAAGCAAAUGGCUAUGUCUUAUUUGAAAAACCCAUGGUGGUUCAAUUUGCUCGUUCAGCUAGACCAAAACAGGAUGCCAAUGAAGGGAAAAGAAAAAAGUAAAACCCUGCACAAGGUAUGGACUCUGCCUGAAAGUAAAAACAAAGGAUUGGGCUGGGAGUUUUUGUUAGUGUUUGUUUGGUUUUAUUUACUCUCUCUUUAACAGCUUUUUUAGGAAUAUUGAUGAUGGAGAGGAAAUGUUCCAUACAAAUUUAUUUUCUUAAAUGUGUGUUUAUAUCAGAAAAACAGAGUGCAAGGUAUAUAGUUGGUGUAAGUUUAAAACUUCCCUUUUUCCUGUGUUAAAAAACUCAGAGACCGAUAUUUUCCUAAUCCUGAUAUCGUAGAGCACUUGUCAGUUUCUCUAAUCCUUAAUCUGCAAAGAUAAGGAGAAUAAUUUUGUGGAAUUGGAUCACUUAUCUUUUAGUAAUCCCCCAGGGUUUUGCUAUUGAAAAAUGUUGCCUCCUAACUCCUUCCUUUGCAUCCCUGCCGUUGUAAAGUGAUCCUGAAGAACUGGUUACAGCGAUAAACUUCUGCUGGCUGUAAAGAAUCUUUGCUAACUUCAGAAAAUGAGUUCUUAGUGCUGUUGCAAUAACCUUUAAACUUGUCUGAAUUAGUGAAGGAUAUUCUUUUGGAAAGGAAAGUGCUGCUUAAUGUUGCAUUGAUCAAGGCUUCCUUUGUUGUGGAAUGUGUAGGUCCUGAUUUUUGGCAUUAUUUAAAUAUAAUGAGAAAGCACCUUCUAGCAGAAAGUUGCUAUUUAACUUUUAUUUCUUAUCAUGUGGCUUUACUUCACCGCUCCCUACUCUAAGUAUUUCAUUUAUGUAAGUCAAGCAAAAUCAGCUCUAAUUUACCUGAGUGGUUUCAGGGCCUGCAAACAUUUGCGUAGUGAACUUGAAGAUGGCCAUGUGAAGUAACUGGUGCAAGAAUAAAAAGCAUUUAUUUCUCAAUCUGCACCCUCUGAUACAUGAGUUAGCUCCAAUUUAAAGGGCACUGACCUUAAUUUCUGGUUACAGUUGAGAUCAUUCUGGUUAUGCCUUCACUUAAAACAAAAUUAACUGAAGUCUUAGCCCCAGUGCUUAUGAAACAUUCCUUAACUCAUGGUGUGUUUUUAAUCUGGAACUGGAUCCUUGUUACUCUGAAGCAAACCUGAAUUUGAAAUAAAGGAUGCGAACAUUUGUUUUUGAUUUUUACAAAUUGGCUGUAAAGCACACGGUGUGGUUAUUGUGCUGGUAGUAUUUCUAUUUUUAACAGCUACUCUAAUUGUAGGUUCUUCAUUCCAUCCAUUGUCUAAGGAUUUUUAAAAUCAAAUUUAGGCUUGUUUCUCUCUCUUUGGUCUUACUUCCUAUUUUGUGUUAUUGUUUGUAGUUUGCAAAAUCUGUAUUUUGUCAAAUUAAAGAUCCCUUUUUUAUAGGCCUUCUGUACUGGUCAUUGAAAAGAGCCUUGGCUAAAGUGUUCUAUUAGGAUCAAGUAUUUAUGAGACUACUUCAGUCUUGUUUGUCACUCCUUUCUUGUUAGAAAAAACCUAUCUGUAUUAUCUAGUGUCUAAUAUGAUUACUUAAGUUUCUUAUAUUAAAAAAAUUGAAGCAUUUUAGCUGUUGGAGAACCUGAUAGAUGAAGUCUAAGCACUUUUAUUCUUUUAGGAAUUUCCUUUAUUUUUCAACUCAUUUUAUACAUUAAUUCAGAAUUCAUUAAACAUGCUAAAUACUUGAAUUGCAUAAAGAAAAUAACAAAGUGCUUAUUUGUUAUUAUUUUGAUGAUCAACUCAGAAGCUUUGUCUAGAGUGAGCAAACCAUACUGAGGCAGGAUUUAAUUGUGCACCUGAAAGUCUUCCAUGAGUUGCCAUCUUACAAGUGUCCCUGGUGUUCUGUCCAUGGGCAGAACUUCUCACUUACCUUGACUGUUUAUAUGUUGUAAUCAUAACAAUGUGCCAUGGAGUUACACAGGUUUCUAAGGAUCCAUGAGGUUUAAUUAAAACUGUUUGUUGCAUUUCUCAAGUAAUGGUUCAGCUGACCCCUAUUUCUGCAUGACUGUUUUUCUGUUCCUGCUGGAAUAUUCUGAUGGAUGCUGAUUUAUGAAGUAAAAUUCCAUGAUAAAAACUUGAGUCUCCUUGAGUCUAGGGUUGUUUAUCUGUUGUUGGGUGGGUUUUGUCAGCUUUUUUUGUUUUGUUUUGGGUUUUUUAGUUUGUUUUUUUUCUACAAAGGCUUUAUUUUUUUUUUUUUUGACAAAACAAUACAUACAGUUUAUAAAAUACGGCAGAACUCCUUGCUGGCUGAAAUGUCUUUUUAUUGAUGGAUUGGCAAAAAGUUCACCUAAAGUGACUUUUUCUUGUAGCUAAAAUACAAAUGUUUGGGAGUAGAGUUAUGUGGAAGAAACUGAUGUUGAGAAGUCUCCAGCUUCUUCAUAAGAAGGAAGUGGUUUGAAAGCUGGCAUUAAAGGGAAACAUGAUUGGGUUUUGGACCUGAUGGAAAUAAAGUGAAUCUGUAAAAUGGCAAAGACUUGAAGGAGAUGGAAGAAUCUGCUGGUGUCCUAAUAGUUCAAGUUAUCAAAAAAUGUAUUUUCUUUUGAAUAUGAAGUUUAGUGUUGAUGGAUUCAUCAGCCCUCAUUAAAUCUCAUAAAGGGUUAGAAUUGUUUUUUAUCAAAGAGGCAUAUUUGCUUUUUUUUGGUAGGUAGCAUAAAGUUAUGUGUGUGCAAUACUGAGAAUCAAGUAAAAUUAAACCACAUUCUGCUGUUCUUCUUUAGAAACAUUCCUGCGUAAAUACUGCAAUAAUACUGUCAUGCAGAGUGUAUCCUUUCUUGUUGUAUCCUUUUUUGUGCAAUGUUUCCUGUAGCACUCAACUGCAUCUUAAGUUUUCAUAAUAGAGUAGGUGUGGGGAGGAGUCAACAUGUUUUAAGCUUGAGCUAAUCUAGUAAUUUUAAAAAGCAAAUUUUUUUGGGGGGGAAAGAAACCAAUGAGUUGUCUGUGUUGUGUGAAUAGGCACAAUGAAGGUUCUUAGUCUUAAAAAGUGGCCUUCACCUUCUUCCUCAGAUACCCUAGUAAUUUGUGGUCCUGUUCCUUAGGGAAACAGUUCUAGCUCAUACCAGCUGAUCUGUGUGAAGCUGUGCUGAGCUCACACUGAUCAAAUCACCUUGUUUUACUUUAAAAACAUAUUAAUAUAAUAAUAUGUUGGCUAAAAUACAUUGCAGAGCAGUUUUAAUUUUAAGGGGUUGACCAGUAUUUUAGAUAAUUUGAUGAUUACUGUUGUCCUGGUACAUGAGAAACAAUUUGGAGUUGAUUUAGUUAAUACAUUCCUUACUUUGUCUUUUUUUGAAUAAAGAAGAAAAUUAACAAUAAAGUUAAUAAUACUUGCAAUUAAGUAUUUGGAGCUGGACUAAUAAUCAACUAUUAAUCACUGCUACCUUUUGGUUGGUUGUUUGGAAUUUUUUACAUUGCUCUCUGCACUGAGGUAGUGUUGUUGCUAGUGACCUACAUGUUUCCUGUGGGUUUCAUACUACAUUACUGUUUAACAUUCAGUAAUACAAAAUUAAUACAGUCUGCAUUUAUUAAGAUAUAUUUUUCACAGACAUUAAACACUUUUUAAAACACUAAGCAUCUUUCAAUUUAGUUGUCAAAAGUCAGUAUAACACUGCUAUUUUUUGGUAGUUCUUACUUUUAACAUGCCUUUGUGAUGUUCCAGGUCCCUUUUGUGUUCCUUCUCUUUCAAGUAUUGUCGAGCUGGGGAAGAAGCAGUGUGAUCAUCAGGACUCUUGAACUGUGCGUAGUUGCAUUUCUAAAGUAUUUAAGGCAGACAAUAAAUUUUCCCAUCUUAAGGAUUCCACAUAUCUUUAAAUAUCACAAGACUUACUACAUCAUAAAUGUAUGUUAAAUUGCUUGUGAAAUCUAAUAAAUUAUUUCCCUUCUCUUCA